UCCUUCACCGGCAGCAUGAAGCUGGGGGCCUUCCUUCUCUUGGUGUCCCUCGUCACCCUCAGCCUGGAGGUUCAGGAGCUUCAGGCUGCAGUGAGACCGUUGCAUCUCUUAGGUGCCUGCACUGAGCUCUGCAGAGGUGACUGGGACUGUCCACAAGGGGAUCAGUGUGUCAGCACUGGGUGCGGUCAUGUCUGUGUUACAAGUUAA